AUGCUCUGGUUGCUGCUGCUCUGUGGGGCUCUGGGCUGUGGAGCGGACCAGGCAGCCCCGCUCACCUUCACCAUGCUGCAACAGACCCACGUCUCCAAAGGCAGCUCUGUCUUCUGGGGGAAUGCCAGCCUGGAUGGGCGGCUCAGCCAUCUCCUGGAGGGGCUUAAUGUCACCCAGGUGCUGCCGCUGGAGCCCCCGGACAUCUGGGCCAGGCGGCAGCAGGACGUGACCACCUACCUGUCCUACUUUGGCCAGCUGGUGAAGCUCUUCAGCAAGGAGAGGCCCAUAGACUACACCCAGAGCCUGGGCUGCCACCUGGGCUGCCGCCUCUUCCCCAACGGCACGACCCACAGCUUCUACGAGGUGACUCUCAACGGGACGGCUUUCCUCACCUUCCACGUCCCCAAUGCCACCUGGGAGCGGCGCUGGCCCGGCAGUGACCCAGUGGCCACCUUUGCUGAGCGGGAGCUGAUGAAGUACCCCAAGACCACCCAGGACCUCCAGCAUUUCCUCAACACCACCUGCGUCGGCAUCCUGCGGGCUCAGAGCGCCAGGAUGGGAAAACAGAGCAGCCGGUCGCAUGCCCCGCUGGUGCUGGGCCUCAUCCUGGGGACCUUCGCCUUGCUGGGCAUGGCCAUGGGGAUCUUCUUGUGCACGGGAGGGAGCUGCUAG